AUCAUUCCAUAUGCUCGUUCAUUCAUUCAUCCGCGUCGUUGUUAGUUAAUUGCGGUGGUUUUCCGCUCAUCUACUUCACCCACCCUCUUCUUCUUCUCCUUCUUUCCACACACACUCCCUUAUAAAUCCCGACCCCACCCAUCACUCCCUCCUCAGUCCUCACUAACUCAUGCCCUUCUACUCUUCUCGAUAACUCCGCCCUCCUCUUCUCAUUCAAUUAUCCCCAUUUCCUUUUCACCCCAGAUCCAAAAAACCCAUUUCCAUGGAGCUUAGUUUCGUGGAGAGUCUGAAAUCCCAGCCUUUCUGGGUCCUUCUCCUAUUCUUCUUCGGUUCCUUAUCCAUCCUCAAACUCUCCCUGGCUAUCCUCAGAUGGGUCUACGUCAAUUUCCUCAGACCUCCCAAGAACCUCAAGAAGUACGGCUCCUGGGCUCUCGUCACCGGACCCACCGACGGCAUCGGCAAGGGCUUCGCUUUUCAGCUCGCUCGCAAGGGGCUUAACUUGGUCCUCGUGGGUCGAAACCCGGACAAGCUCAAGGGCGUUUCCGACGAGAUUGAGGCCAAAUUCGGUAACAAGACGAAGAUAAUCACGAAGACCGUUGUUGUCGAUUUCAGCGGCGACCUCGACGAGGGGAUCGGGAGGAUUCGGGAGGCGAUUGAAGGGUUGGAUGUUGGGGUUUUGAUCAACAACGUUGGGAUUUCGUACCCGUACGCGAGAUUCUUCCAUGAAGUGGACGAGGAGCUUCUGAAGAACUUGAUUAAGAUUAAUGUCGAAGGCACUACCAAGGUCACUCAGGCUGUUCUUCCCGGAAUGCUUCAGAGGAAGCGUGGGGCCAUUGUCAAUAUCGGCUCCGGUGCCGCCAUUGUCAUUCCUUCUGAUCCUCUUUAUGCUGUUUAUGCCGCCACUAAAGCAUAUGUUGAUCAGUUCUCGAGAUGUCUCUACGUUGAAUACAAGAAAAGUGGCAUAGAUGUGCAGUGUCAGGUUCCAUUAUACGUGGCGACAAAGAUGGCAUCAAUUAAGCGAUCUUCCUUCUUUGUUCCGUCAACGGACGGCUAUGCACGAGCAGGUCUGCGCUGGAUAGGCUAUGAACCUCGUUGCACGCCUUACUGGCCCCAUUCUAUUCUUUGGAGUUUGUUAUAUGCAUUGCCAGAAUCCAUUGUCGAUGCAUUGCGUCUGCAGUUUUCCCUCGGAAUCCGAAAGAGGGGACAGCUCAAGAACUCCCGGAAAAAGGAGUAGAAAGUAUUCACUUAAGCUCUGAUUACCUAGUUGGCAGAUUUGAGCAUCAAGCGUAAGGAUAGUUAUAAUGUUUUCUUUCAAAGGUUGGUUACGGAAGGCUGUUUCUUUUGUGGGUUUUCAGGACGCUGAUUGUAAUGCUGAUAAAUGCAUCUUUUGGUUUAUUUC